CUUGAUAACUUUGAAUUGAAUUAACUUAUAGAAAUAGGAAAAUGUCUAAGAUUGUAAUGGCCAUUGGAAUCUUUCUGAUUUGCUUGGUUUCUGCGUGCACAACAGCUUCCCCCUGCACAAACGGAUGGGUACUUUAUGAAGAAAAAUGUUAUUUCUAUAGUAAUUUCAAGGAAACGUGGCAUACAGCUUCUGCUUAUUGUCAGGCAUUUAAUAGCAAACUCGCUGAACCGAAAACGCAGGAAGAAGUUGUUUUCUUGUCUCAGCAAGCAGCACAAACAGUAAAUGACAGUCAAUACUUCAUUGGCGUCACGGAUGCGUUUUUGGAAGGAGAAUGGGUGUACGCUUCCUCACGAAUCCCUAUCAAAGUAACCAUUCCUUGGACACACUCUGGACCUCAGCACAGCCAGGAGCAGGACUUUGUAGCAACAGAUACGUUACCACCCGUCAAUGGUCAAUACACAAAGAAAACCUCCACAGACACAUCCAACUUUAUAUGUGAAUACAGUCUAGAUGUGGAGCCUGUAUUAGUGAUCGGAUGAAAAGAAGGAAGAUUUCAAAACAAAACUUAUGCUAAAUAUGUAAAAAUAAAAAUAUUAAA